AUGACUGAGACAAAUCUUAUAUCUGUUGUUCAUCUUCUAUGUCUUGUUCAUCUUCAUAUACUAUCUAUUGUUGAUGCCUGUCUUCAUGUGAUGUAUGGUGACCUUAUUAGGAUGGCUGGGUUUGUGGUAGCUACUGACAUGGCUGCUGUGGCUGGCGCUAGGGCAACUGCUAUUGUGCUAGCAGUGGCUGUUGCUGCACCUAAGGUGGUGGAUGUGGGGGCUGAUGCACCUACGGUAGUGCCUGUAAAGGGGGGUGCUGGUGGUGCUAGGCCCCCCAUGAGGUGGAAUAACAACACCUCUGGGUUUAUCCUUAAGAGGAUGGCCCAGAUAGUUUCUGAUGGCAGUAGGGCUGACAAGUGCAUCAAGGAUAAGGAUGUGAACUAUGUGGCAAAGGCUCUACUAGAUUAUUAUGGUGAGGCUGUGAGCCCUACUCAAGUGUACAACCACUUGAAGAAGUGGAGGCAGAAGUGGGCUAGGGUUGUGAAGUUGAAGGACCUUAGUGGUGUGCUAUUUGAUCAUGAUGUCAAUGCCAUAAUGCUUGAACCUGAUCACUACAUAGGCCACUACAAGGACCAUCCUAAUGAUGCUGAAUUCCUAAACACCGCAACCAGGUUCUACACUGAGAUGGAGACCAUAUUUGAUUCUUCCAUGGCCACUGAUAGUGUUGCUGCUAAGAUUGAGGGACAUGGCUUCACCACUGCUGCUGAUGUCAAAUGUAGCCCUGAGAUGGGUGAGGGCAGCAAGGCAACUGAGCUGCUCACUUCCACUAUGGGAGUAAAGAGAAAGAGGGGUAAUUUCAGUGAGGAAGAGAUGCUGAUGAUGACUAACAUGACUGAUGCUGUCAACAAUGUAGCCUCUACACUUAGAGAGACUGGGUCUGCACAUGUGGAUCCUGACCUCUAUCUUGCAGUGAUGGAGAUUCCUGGCUUCACCAUUGAAGCUCUCAUUGUUGCCUACACCUACCUGCUGGAAAACAAGGCCCUUGGCAGGGGCUUUGUGAACAUGGCAAUCAACCAUAGAUAUAUUUGGCUGAGGAACUAUCUUGCCAAGAACUACUAUAUGUAG